AUGAACACAUGUCCGAGUCGCCGAGAUCUAAUACAUGUUCGACAAUUGUUUGCUCAUAGUAUUGACUAUGGCCUAAAUGAAGAAUGUUGGCGUCAUAUGAUUUGUCUUCUUGGCCUUUCAUGCUUAUUUGAAUCAGCCACUGAAGAGCAAGAAUCUGAGUGUGGGGAUUAUGAAUUUGCUACAGCUUCAUAUUGCUAUGAAUUAACGAAUAAUUCGACAAUAUGUCCGAAUGGUAAUUUUUCUAUUCCAGUUCUACCAUUUGUUCACUUAAUGUAUUCAUGGUCAAAAUUUUCAUCGUCCAUUGACAGUAAUGGUUAUUUUACCAAACCUAUUGCAAUUUGUAUGAAUAAUACAUUGUCUUGUCAGUUGGGUAAGCCUUCAUUAUCCUUUGCUGUACAUAAUUAUAUAUGUUGGGAUUUGGAAGAUGUUAUUUCCUUACAUUUUGCCACAGUCGGAACAACAGCCACAAAACUACUGGUGACUGUCCUUCAAAGUUUGACUUCAUAUUGUUCAGUUGAACAUCCAGCAGAGCUGUAUGUGUGCUCAACAGGCAGACCAAUAUCUAAACAUCGGCUUCGAGACGCUCACAUCGACUGUUUUUCUUCACAAAAUGACGAAAUUGAUUCUUUACAAAUAUGUGAACGUAAUUUAACUGAUCGUUUCGAAUGUUUCAAUAGUGAUAAUAUGACACGUCGACGUGUUCAUCGACGAGUGUUACGAAAUACAUGGAGUGAUUGUCCAGAUGGAUCUGAUGAAUUAUUUCCUGUUCAGUGUAUGUAUGAAUAUGAUUGUCAGAUGUUUCUUCAAUAUGAUCUUCGAUUAUCGUUACCGAUUGUCUAUGAAGAAUUAUGUAAUGGAUAUUCAAUAAUGGCCGUAUCCGGAUCAAACGAAACCGACGAAAGUGAUUGUGAAUUAUGGCCAUGCCAUGCUCGUAUGACACGUUGUGAUGGUAUUUGGAAUAGACCAAAUGGAUGCGAUGAAUUAGAUUGUCCUGAUAAAGUACCAACGUAUCUUGCUCGAUUUUGUUCGAAAGAUGAACAUUAUUGUAUUAAUCCGAUAACAAUGAGACUCUCAUGUUUACCAUUAGAAAAAGCUGGUGAUGGCAAUUAUGAUUGUCUAUUUGGUGUGGAUGAACGUGCAAUUUUAGACAAUAAUGCAUUGAUUAUUAAUCGUCGAAUUGAAAUUUGA